AAUAUUUAAUUGUAUUAUAGAAAAUUGCUUUUCAAAAUUUAAAAGAAUAUUAACAAAAGAUAAUAUUAAUUGGGAAGAUGGAGAAAUGACAUUGCUUCAAUGCUCCAUAUAUCUUAAUAGAAAUGAAUUUAUACAUGAAUUAUUGGAUAGACACGUAAAGUACUGGGAAACAGGUACUAAAAAUAGAAGAUUAACUCCAUUACUGAUGUCGGCUUUGAAAGAUAACUUCUUAGUUUUCAAGAAACUAUUAAAACAAUAUUCAAAAACUUGUCACUUAUCAAUUACCGAAUUUAUGGACUUUCAAUAUUUUCAUACUAAAGGAAUGGUACCAGAUAGAUAUUUUGAAUUAUUGGAAGAAUUUGAUAUAGAAUCGUCUACUUACAAUCGAGCUCUAAUGAAUUCUAUAAAGCUAGAAAAUUUAAUUGGAUUGAAAAUGUUAUUAAAUAAAGGUUUAUCUUUACUCGACGAAGAUCACAAUGGUGAAAAAUAUUUAAAUUAUAUAACAUCAAGUUUCAUACAGACACUCUUUGAUGCCAGGAUAUAUUUAAACGUUACUGAAGAAAGAGAAUUUCAUGAUGAUCACAGACUUUAUAUCAACUUUCAAGAUUUUUUUGAUGAUGACGAACAACAUUCACGCCUUCUAAUUGAGAUUGCUAGGAGAAAAGAUAUACAACCUAGUCUAGACCAUCCAUUAAUAUAUGCAUAUAUUCAAAUGAAAUGGCAUUUAAUGAACAAAAUGUAUUAUUUAUUGGUUGGUCUACUGAUUAUCCUGUAUGCAUUUCAGGCAAUCUCUCUUGUUAAUAAAUGGUUGUUUCUGAUUUCAAGUAUAAUUCCACUUUUUUUUAUUUUAUUUAUAUUAAAAGUUCGUAAAUUCCUGGAAUGGUUUGAUAUAAUAUGCCAUAGUUGUCUUCUAGUUUUGCAUACACUUCAAUGUAUAAUGAAAUUUAUAGAACUUGAUAACACAAUUAUAUUUAAUUUUUACAUCCUGUCCUUGACGAUAUCGUUUUUUUUAAAAGUGGGAUAUCAUCCAAAAUUAUCCAGAUGGUCUCUAAUGGUACAAAGAGUAUUUAAAAACCUUAUUUUAUUUGCUGUAUUCAUUCUUAUAUUUUGUAUACCGAUAAUGUUUGGAUUUUAUAUGACAUAUGCUGAAAGUGUUAGUUACGUAUUAUUUAUCAUGAUGGGAGAAUUUAGUUCUUCAACUGAGGUUUCUAAAGUUGGCCAAUCACAGACCAUAUUUGUUAUUUUUACAGCAAUAAUUUUAACAACAGUUUUUAUGAAUAUUUGGCUAUCAAUGACACUUCAUUAUGCGGAAAUUGAUAAAAUUGAUGAAAAUUAUGGACAAUACGCAAACGCAAAUAUUAUAAGGUUAUUGUACUUUAUGGAAUAUUUAGAAGAUUCAAUUACAUAUUAUACACAUUAUCCUUAUUUUAAUAUGAAUUUUUCAUUUCAACAGAAGAUCUACUAUUGCGAUGUAAAUGUUAUUGGCAAGAAAACCCACUUUACGUGUUCAGAAUUUAAACAAUUGAAAUUUUACUCUAAUGUGUUAUAUAUUUUGUGCUGUAAAGGAGUUAUUGUUGCCCGUCAAAAAUGUCUUACACCACCUGCUUCAAUUGAUGGUUGGCGAUAG